CUUGCACAUUUUGUGAUUAUUUGUUUUGUUUACAGAAGUCGCCGAGUCUUUAAAUGCAGCCGUCUUAGCAUGCACUCGGGAAGCUAACGUUAUUCAGUUAGCUGUAGCCUCUGUAUUCAUACUUAAUUCAGACACGUACAAUCGUUGUGUUGGUGAUAGUAGGCUGCUGAUUUUAAAAGAGACACAAUCAGGAUUUAUUUUCGUGUGUAGACGCUUCUCUUCAUAUCAGUUACUGUAGUUUUUUGGGGGGAAAGUGAAACGGAAAAUAAAACAGGCUCGAGUAAUAUUAACUGAUUUUGAAUCUGUGCCACGGUCCCCACAAGUCAGGGUUCACUGGACGAUCAGCGCCUGUUGUCACAAAAGCUUCUCUCUUUACUGCUUCUCCGAAAUAUGAAAUAUGACCACACUUCAAUUCAUGUAAUUCCAGUUUCUUUGUACGCUUGUGCGUACAAUGUCAAUAAAGCUUAUCUUAUCUUAUCUUAAUUUACUUGCCACUGCACUAUGCUCUAUUUUAACCACUACAGCUCCAAAUUGAAGUAUAUUAAAAAUAAGCAGGGCAAUCUAUUAAAGAAUUAGUCUUAAUUUCUAAGAAUCAUUAAAAACUUAUUUGGGAACUAAAAUCAUUAGGUGAAGUCCUUUUGUGUUUUAUUGCAAACUGAAAAUCUGAGUAUAUUAGGGUACCAAGAGAGCAACUAUAGUACUGGAUAGGAAUUCAGGAGUGGCAGACAAGACUGUGAGGGUGGUGAAGGACAUGAGGUAAGUGAGGUGUGGUGUGGUAGAAGUGACAGAUGAUUUUAAGGUGGGGGUGGAAUUACAUCAGAGAUCUGAGCCCUUUCUUGUUUGCAGCAUUGAUGGACAGGCUGACAGAUGAGGUCAGAUUGGAGUCUCCAGCUUUGGGGGCUGCAGUGAGAAUAUAGAGCAGGUGGAAGAGAGACUGGAGAGGUCAGUUCCAAAAUAUAUCAAUCCCCUUACCAUCCCCUUCGUCUCCCCCCCUUUCCACACCUAUCCACCACCCCACCCUCACCUCUUAGGAUGGAUAAGUUCAGAAAUGAACUAACUGUCACCAGUUAGGAGACAAAGUUAGAGAGACAAGGCUGAGAUGUUUUGGACAUGCGCAGAGGAGGGAUAGUGGAUAUAAUGGACAAAGGAUGUUGAAUAUGGAGCUGCAAAGGGAGGAGAAAAAGAAGACAACCACAGAAGAAGUUCAAGGAUUGGUGUGGCAGAGGAGGAUGCUAGAUAUUAGUACCAGUGUAACGUUCAGACUCAAGAUGGUGGACUCCCAGUACUACCUCCCAAAUGACAUUGGAAUCUCCGCACUCGACUGCAGCGAGGCCUUUCGUUUGCUUUCACCUCAGGAGAAGAUGUACGCCCACUACCUGUCACGCGCGUCUUGGUAUGGCGGUCUGGUAGUACUGCUGCAGACAUCCCCCGAGUCUGCAAACAUCUUUGUCUUGCUGCAGAGAAUCUUCAGAAAGCAGACGCCUGCACAGCUGGAACAGGUCGCCACAGCAGCUGGGCUCAGCUCUGAGGAGUAUCAGGCCUUUCUGGUGUAUGCAGCAGGUCUGUAUGCAAACAUGGGCAACUAUAAGUCUUUUGGAGACACAAAGUUCAUCCCAAAUCUGCCUAAGGACAAGCUGAAAGCGCUGGUUUGGGCCAGCCAGGCCUUUCAGGAGCAGCCGGCUGAGAUGGAGGCUCUGUGGGACAGCUGCUCCUGUCUCCUCUACUCGCUGGAAAACAGACAGAAACAGCUGGGGCUGGGCGACAAGGGAAUUACCACCUAUUUCUCAGGAAACUGCUGCCUGGAGGAUGCUGAGCUGGCUCAGAAGUUCCUCGACUCAAAAAAACUGUCUGCCUACAACACGCGUCUGUUUAAGAAGGAAGACGGAGGGAAAACCUGCUAUGAGGUCCGCUUGGCUUCAGCUGUGCAAAAAGACUGCGCAGUGGAUGGGGAGUGCGAGUCCUGCUGUGGCAGCUUCAGCUUUGAAGACAAAGAGUUCACUGUGAGGAGGGGAGACUAUAGCCGUGUCAUGGAAAAAGUCUGCUAUUAUGUUGAAAAAGCACAGGCCUAUGCUGCCAAUGAGAACCAGAGGAAGAUGCUUGAAGAGUACACACGCAGCUUCACCUUAGGCUCCAUUGACGCACAUAAAGAGGGUUCGCGCUACUGGAUUAAAGACAAGGGGCCAAUUGUGGAGAGUUAUAUAGGUUUCAUCGAGAGCUACAGAGACCCAUUUGGCUCCAGAGGAGAGUUUGAAGGUUUUGUGGCCGUUGUGAACAAGGCGAUGAGUGAGCGUUUCGCCAAACUGGUGAGUUCAGCAGAAGUCUUGCUUCCUGAGUUGCCUUGGCCGCAGGAGUUUGAGAAGGAUACGUUCCUUAAACCGGACUUCACCUCACUGGACGUUCUCACCUUCGCUGGGAGUGGAAUACCAGCCGGCAUCAACAUCCCCAACUACGAUGACAUCAGACAGACAGAGGGCUUUAAAAACGUGUCACUUGGUAACGUGCUGGCUGUAGCCUAUGCAACGCAAAAAGAAAAACUGACCUUCCUGGAGGAGGGGGACAAGGAUUUGUUUAUCAAAUGGAAGGGCCCGUCGUUCGAAGUGCAGGUUGGACUUCACGAGCUUCUGGGUCAUGGGAGCGGAAAGCUGUUUGUCCAGGAUGACAAGGGCAAGUUUAACUUUGACCAAAGUAAGGUGAUCAACCCAGAGACCGGUGAACCGGUGUCCAGCUGGUAUCGGGGCAGCGAGACCUGGGACAGUAAGUUCUCCACGAUUGCUUCUUCUUAUGAAGAAUGCCGCGCUGAGUGUGUCGGACUCUAUUUGUGCCUCAACAAACAAGUGCUCAGUAUUUUUGGCCAUGAGGAUCAGGAUGCAGAUGAUGUGGUGUACAUAAACUGGCUCAGCAUGGUCAGAGCGGGACUGCUGGGCCUGGAGUUCUACACACCUGAGAGCAAGAGCUGGAGACAGGCUCACAUGCAGGCUCGAUUCGUCAUCCUACGCGUGCUGCUGGAGGCUGGAGAGGGCCUGGUGGGCCUGGAGGAAGUAACAGGAGAAGAUGGCAAGCCCGAUGCACGAAUUACACUGGACCGAAGCAAGAUCCCCACCGUAGGCAAGAACGCCAUCCAUAGGUUCCUUUGUAAACUGCAGGUCUUGAAGUCGACGGCAGACGUGGAAGGAGGCAGGGCUUUCUAUGACAACUACUCCACCGUAAGCGACACUGGCGCUCACAACUUUUUGCGCCUGCGCGAGACGGUGCUGCUGAGGAAGGAGGCUCGCAAGAUGUUUGUUCAAGCCAACACAAGAAUCAGCGGUAUGUAAAUGACUGUUUUAACA